UCUGCCUCCACCCGUCACCAGGGAGCUGCCCCGGGAGCUGCCCGGCCGGGGGUGAGGGGCAGCUGUCGCUGUGGGGUGAAUUGAUUUGAAUCAGAGCGAUUGAAGUCAGCAGACAGGAAACCUUCAUUUAAAGCCUCAGCUUAACCCCCCACUGUAGGCCUCUGGCCUUGCCCCUUUCGGCCCUUUCCCUGAAGCCGGGGCGGGUCCCGCGGGUCGGUAGCCGCUGGGCUCCAGCUGCAGGUGGCCUUUGCGCGGAGUCCGGCGAUGCUUCGCCGCCUCCCCGGAGCAGCUUGGCUCACCGCCCUUCCGACUCUGGCCUUUUCCAUUUUUAUUAGAAACUGGUGAGGGAAACGUCCCGCCUUCCUGCAUGGAGCGAGUGUUGUGGAGCUGGGUCAGGCUCUCCUGGCUCCACAUCCAAGCCCGGCGCUUUACUCGACGCUCCGACGGGGGCGGGAUAGGCAAGGAACCGGCGACGCACGGGGGCCGGCAGGAGCCGUGAGCGCAGCCCGCGUUCGCUGGGGGUAGCGACCGGCUCACCAGGUCGGGCCGCCCGGGCUGGGCAGCACCGGGGCUCUUCCUCUCGCACCUGGGGGUUCGUCGGUUGCCGGAGGAAAAUCAACUCUCCUGCUUUUUCGGCUCCCUCCGGCGCCCGCGGCCCCGAGCUCGCUGCGCCAGCUGGAGAAGCGACGCGGACGAACCCCCCUCCGGACCCUGCACGCGGCGGCCGCCCCCCGCAGCCCUGGGUCCAGCGGCCUGGCCAGCGACUUCCACCGGCUCGGCUAUUUCCUGCCUCUCCAGCCGGCCGCUGCCCGGCCCUGGGCGCCGCGCUCCGGGACGGCGCUAGGGGAACCAGCGGGCUCCAGGCCCGGCCACGGUUGUGAAUUUCAGCUUGAAUUGGAGCCGGAGCCAUUUGUAACCCAGCCCCGGCUGCUGGGGCCGGAACAGCCGGGCUGUGAGCCCUGCGGGCAGGGCAGGGGGCCCGGCCGCAAUCGCCUCUCCCAGCCGGCGGGCGGGGCCGGGCUGCGCGGACCCCCGGGACCCGGGGCGGGGCUGCCGCUUCCCGGUGUUGCCGGGACACAAAGGCGAGGCUGGGCCGGGACUGCAGCCCCCAGCCCGCGCCAGGAGCCGGCUGCGCCCGGGGCAGGUUGGGUCUAAGCCGGGCAGUGCCUGCGGCCGCCAGCGGGGCCCGGGGACCCUGGCGAGGGGCCGGACGCUGCACCGCGGGGCCGGGCUCGGGCAUGUGCCCGCUGGGCGGCCGCGGCGCCAUCGCACGCAGGGAGAGCGGGGAAAAUGGCUGCAGGGGCUUCGGCGCAGGGGCCCGUGACCUUCGAGGACGUUGCGGUCUAUUUCACUAAGGAGGAGUGGAAGAAACUGGCAGGAUGGCAGCGGGAGAUGUACCGCCACGUGAUGACGGAGAAUUACCAGCUGGUGGCCUCGCUGGGCUCUGCAAGCCCCAAACCUGAGCUCGUCUCGAAGCUGGAGCGAGGGGAAGAGCCGCCUGUCGGGGAUGGCCAGGACCUGCGAGCAAGGGAGAGCCCCAAAGGCCCCGUCCCAGACCCUUCCAAGCGCCGGAUCUCGUGCUGCACAACCACAGUCAUUUCCAAGAGGAAGGAGCUCUCGCUGGCUGACCGCGUCAAGCUGCUGCAGGCCCUGGAGUCACCCACCGCCUCCCUGUCCAGCGUGGCCAAGCUGUUUGGGAUCUCCAAGAGCCAGGCAGGCCGGAUCGGCCGCAGCCGGGAGCAGAUUCUGGCCGACUGGCGCACCAACGCCAACCCACUGCGGAAGCGCAAGAGGGAGGGCAAGGGAGGGGAGGUGGAGGACGCGCUGUUCCUCUGGUUCCAGCAGGCCCUGGCCAGGGGGGAGAGGCUCUCAGGCCCGAUCCUGAAGGCCAAGGCCCAGGAGCUGGCCCUGCACGCAGGCCGGGAGUUCGAGGCCACGGACGGCUGGCUCUGCCGGUGGAAGACCCGCCACAACAUCGUCUUCAAGCGGCAGCACGGCGAGAAGCAGGACGCGGACGUCGGCAGCGCCCAGAGCUGGGUGACCGAGGUGCUGCCCUCCCUGCUGGCCGGCUACAGUGCCGAGAACAUCUUCAGUGCCGACGAGACCGGGCUGCUGUACCGCGGCUACCCCGACCGGGACCCGCCGCUCCUGGGCGGCAAGAAGGCCAAGGACCGCGUCUCCGUCCUCUGCUGUGCCAACCAUGCCGGCACGGAGAAGAGGCCCCUGCUGGUGGUGGGCAAGAGCCAGCGGCCGCGGUGCCUGCCCAAGGACCUGCGCGCCCUGCCCGUCGCCUACGCCAGCUCGGCCAACGCCUGGGUGACCGCGCACGUCUUCCAGGAGUGGGCGCUGCAGUGGGACCAGGAGCUGCGGCGCGACCAGCGCAAGGUCCUGCUCUUCCUGGCCCACAGCAGCGCCCACCCCCGCGAGCUGCAGGCCAAGCUGCGCCACAUCAAGCUGGCUUUCUUCCCCCCCAACACCAGCAGCAUCACCCAGCCCAUGGACAUGGGCGUCACCCGCAACCUGAAGGGGCACUACCGGGCGCUGGUGGCGGCCAAGGCCCUGCUGAGCCCGGAGCAGGGGCGGGCGGGGCGGGCGGCCGAGAUCGCCGGGCGGGUCACGCUGCUGGACGCCGUUUACAUGCUGCACCAGGCGUGGAGCCUGGUCCGGCCGGCCACGGUGCAGAGCUGCUUCCGGAAGGCCGGCUUCCACCUGGCGCCCUCUGAGCGGGAGGAGCUGGACCUGCGGCCGCUGGCCGACGUGCCCCGGCCGGCCUUCAUGAGCGAGCAGGACUUCAGCGAGUUCGUCGGCAUGGACGCGGAGGAGCCGGCCGUGGGCGAGAUGACCAGCGAGGAGUGGGCCCUGGCCCAGAGGAGCCAGUGGGCCGAGGCCACCGAGUGCUCGGAGGAGGACGGGGACCUGGACCCGGGGAGCCGUGUCACCGCUGCCGAGGCCCUGGCCGGUCUGUCUGCCGCCAUGAAGUGGUGCCAGCUGCACGGCCUGGUCUACCACUGGGAGAGACUGCUGGAGACGGAGAGCGCCAUGCAAAUGGCCGCCGUGGCCGAGGCCAGCCAGAGCCGGGCCCCUGGCUGCUCCCGCUACGUGCCCGGCGUGGGGCUGCAGGCUCCGCCCGGACUGGGCUCGGCCCUGCUCUGACCCCUGCAGUGCUGUCCUCUGACCCACACCCCCCCUUCCCCCCGGUGGGCACGGGGGGCUCCGGCAGCAGGGGCCACAUGGCAGGGCAAGCCCAGUGCCGCAGGCUGCCCGCAGUGCGGGGAGGGGAGGGGCCGGGGGUUCUCCAGGGCUCAGUGUCUAGACUGCGGGUAGAUCAGGCUGGGGGGGCACCGGGGCUGGGGGUGGGGAGCAGAGGAGGGGAAGGAGUGAGGAGGAGAGGACAGACAGCAUGGUGUGGGGGAGAGACGAGGCUUCCAGUGGUCUGGUCAUUCCCCAGGGAUGGGUCUCCCCCCCCUCCAGCAGGGUGACCCCGCCCCCUGGGGCUGGAACUCUCCCUCCCCACAUCCCCAAUAGGGUGGUCAGGUGCCCUAGGGAUGGGUCUCUCUCCACUCUCUGUCUCCCCCUGUAGGGUGCCCUGGGGACAAAUUCCCCUCCCCCGGUAGGGUGGCCCAGCGCUGGGUCUCUCCUAAUAAGAUGGUUUCCCCUGGCAGGUCUGUCCUUGGAGGAGAUAUCUUCGUGCCUGUGACUGGCUGGCUCUUCCCAUGCCCUCUGUGGCUCCUGGCUGCUCCAUGGGGUGGCUGGUGCCCUGCUGGCGGGUUUAACCCCUCUACCAGCGCUGGCCAUGGACUUUGUGUGGACACAGACCCUGUCACGUGAUGGUGUCUCUGCUCCGAGCACUCCCUCUGCCUAAAGAGCCGCGGGCGUCCCCUUACACCCGCACAGCUGGCUCUGGCUCUAAGGGGCAGGGGUUGCCCUGUGGGGGGAUGUUUCUGCCCUUGGCAUCUCUCCUUCCUCUGCCCCGCUCCCUCAGGUCGGUGCCAGGGCUCUGCUGGGAGUCCCACCGCCCCCAGCUCCCCCGGCAGCCCUGCCCCAGGGGAAUCCCACCCGCUGCCCCAGGGGCUCCCAGGCGUCGCCCGGCGGAGAGAUGUGCAGGUGGCCUGGCCAGUAGAACUGGGGCUAACAGCAGGCUCCAGCCCAGGCGGGAGCUUGUGGGUGGCUGCAGAUCUCAGCUGGGCUGGGCCCUGGGGUGAGGCUGCCCCCGAGCUGUCGGAACGCCAGUUCCCACGUGCAGGGUGGAGGUAGCUGCUGACGCACCCUUUGCAUGGUCCAGGUGACUGACGCCGGGCCCGGGCAGUGUCUGUGGUCUCGUUACCUGUCAUUACAGCUGCUAAGCACUACAUCCGUAGAGCAGCCGUGAACAGGCAUCCCCCGGGUCCCGGCCAGGCCGACGGAAAUCCCUGGCCAAUGGCCGGUCUCUGGUAGCGAGGGGAACGUCGCAGCCCAGCCCAGGAGCCGAGAUCCUUCCCCCCGUAUGACCGGGCUCCAGCAGCCAGGCUGGGGGCCUGUGUGGCUGGGCUGUGGCACGGAGCUGGGCUGCACUAAGCACGCCCGGCCUGGCCCCGCUGGAUCGGAGAGCUGCCCGAGCGCUGCCUGUCGCACUGGGCUCUGCUUGGGCCGUGGCUCCCCGACGCAGCGGCUCUGGGAGCUCUCGUGCUGUGAGCCAGCCACGGAAGGGCGAGUUGGGCUGACUCCGAUCGCCUUUGUCCUCAGCGGCAUCACAGCCCUAAGCCAGGGGCUUUCAGGUUGUGGGCCGCGGACCCCUGGGGGUCCUCAGACUGUCUAGGAUUUCCAAGGGGGCUGCCCCUCCAUUUGAAACUUUGUAGGGUCUGCAAAUGAAAGAAGGUUGAAACACCCUGAGUGAGGCUGAGCUGGUUCCUAGCCCUGCCCAUAGCGGGGGGGCAGGGGGCAGGCUCGGCAGCACGUGGCCGUGAUGUGUUCUGAGUCUUCGAGAGCGAAACUGGGUCUGAGAGCAGACGGAGGUGCAUGGUGGUUACAGAAGCACAUUUAACCCUUUAUCUGCUGCUCCUCUGAUGAGAAACAUCCCGGUCCCCUGCAGCGAGGCCCCUGCUUUGGCUGGCUGUCCAGGGGGAGUACGGCUGUGAGCGUCGACUGUGUAAAGUAAAAUAGCUGCCCAGUGAUUUGGACGUUGGGGCUGAUUGCUGCCGGCUCUCCCAGCGUGAAAGAAAAAGGGAUGUCAGGUAUGUCCUUCCAGCCCUAUGGGACACCUGCCCUGGGGCUUUGAUUCUGCAGGGGGGAGGUUGUUCAUCCUGCUAAACUAAUGUAUCCAUUGACCCUUUCAUCUGUCCUAUGACAACAUCUAGUGUUCAAAUAUAGCCCUCGUGUAGACUCGAAUGUUGCUAUCCCCGUUGCCUUGGCCAAAAUCCCACGUGGAUUUCUGCCCUUCUUGGUUAUGCAGCAUGAGUCACUGGGAACAGGGGUAUCUGCCGCCAGCCUGACUCGUGUGUACCGUAGACCAGAAACAUGGAACUGUAACAGUGAAAUAAAGCAGAGCUCUUGGACACAGCCCGUGCGGUGUGUUGCAUCGCUCUCUGUUCAGCUUGCUGCACCUUACUGCAGGGGUGUCCGAGCAUUGCCUAGCCCAGAGCCCAGAGGCAGCUUGUCCUAGGCCUGUAGCUUUGCUUGGUUCUGAUCCUGCAACGCUGCAAAGUCAGACACCACAGCCUGCCAGCCGGUGACGGGACGCUAGCUGGGGAGGGCUCUGAGUUACUGCAGAGAAUUCUCUCCCAGGGGUCUGGCUCGUGGGUCUUGCCCAUAUGCUCAGUGUCUAACUGAUCACGGUAUUUGGGGUCAGGAAGGCAUUUCCCCCCAGGUCAGAUUAGCAGAGACCCUGGGGGGUUUUCACCUUCCUCUGCAGCGUGGGGCCCAGGUUAGUUUAAACUUGCUAGUGAACUUGAAGUCUUUAAACCAUGAUGUGAGGACGUCAGUAACUCAGCGAGCGGUGAGGGGCUGUUACAGGAGUGGGUGGGGGAGGUUCUGUGGCCUGCAGACGGUCAGACAGAUGAUCACAAUGGUCCCUUCUGCCCGUGCACGCUGAGAUCCCAGUGCAGGUUUGCGGCUGGCUCUGCAGAGGAUGACUGCAGUGGGCAUAGUUCAUGCUUUGGUUCAAAACCCUCUUUUCCUGAUCGGUCUCCUGCGCUUAGUGGGCUUCAUGUCUGUUGAAACUCUUCCGUUUCCCUCCAGCGCUCCCACCUGGACCCUGUCGGCUUCAGUUACCUUCUGCCAGCGAGAGCCAGGCUGUGAGACAGGGCCUGUCCCAGCCGAGCAGGAUCGGGCCCCAAGGGGUGGGUGAUACGCUCUGAUGGGGGUUCUGCCUGUUGAGGCUUUUCUGGGGUUCAUUUACACUCGGAGGCCAAGAGGCCUGAGUGACUUUGGGUGCCCAGUUUCUGGGGGUGCCCCUCGCGGCCUGGGUCUCUGGGUUCUUCGCUGGCCCCGUCACCGUGCUGGCUGAGCACUACGGCUGCCCGCAACCGGUGACACUCCCCUGCGGGGUGGAGAAGGGAAGCCCCUUUCCUCGCGGCUCUGGCUGUUUGCGACUCCGCAGCUGUGAUGAGUGCAGAGGCUGGUCCCGGCCGGGAGCUGGCAGAGGCUGGUCCCGGCCGGGAGCUGGCAGAGGCUGGUCCCGGCGGGCAAGGGGAGCAGCUACCCACAAGGCUGAAGACCCAAAUCAGUGCGUACUCAGCAGUGGUGUUCGUUAUCCGCAUGGCAGCAAUGCCCAGUCCCAGAUGAGACCCCGGGCCUGUUGGGCUAGGCACUGGACAGAGUGGGAACAAAGGCAGUCCCUGCCCCAGGGUCAGCCCAGGGCUCGCAAAGUUAGACAAAUGGGGGUGGGGGGAGGCAGCCAGACAACAGCCGGGGUGUGACAAAGUGAGGUUUUUCACCUUGUGUUGCAUGUAAGUCUUGCUGUACUUUACUAAUACUGUGCGUGCCUCAAUUUCCCUGUGUGCUGCACCAAUGCCUAGGUGGUGGGAAUUGGGUGUGUGACUUUUGCCGAGGCCCUUGGGGCAGGUGAGAUGGUUCCAGCUGCCUGCAUGUAGGCUAUGGCCGGUGCCCUUCCUAACCUGAGACCCAGGAGGGGAAUGUGACCAGGUCAUACUUUGCUCAGGAAGCAGGACGAAGACCGGAGAGAGGCCAGGCAGCUGGGUCCAGGGCAGUCUGCGGUGGGGGACUGGAGAAGAGAGGCCAGGGUGUCUGGCCUGGGAUUCUCCAAGAUGGACUUGGUUGAAAGUCACUAAUUUCUGUGCUAACAAGCUCUGUUCUAUGCUGUGUUCCUGUCAACUAAUAAACCUUCCAUUUUACACUG